AUGGCGAUUCAAACUACUACUGUGGGUAUGAUUACAAUUCAACAAAUGCCUUCUGAUGAAACAACACGAUCGACAACUAAUUGGAAUAUUCCAGGAUAUAUUAUACGUUCUCAACCUACUCCAACUAUAAUGCCUACAUCCUUACCGCAAGCACCUCCGCCAACACCAACAAGCCCAAAUGAAUAUUUGUCAUGGACUUCCAAUACUAAUACCAAUACUAACGCUCCGUCCCAAAUUGAUAAUCAACAACCAAAUAUUCAACUGCCUGCACAAUCUAAUAAUCAUGUUGUUGAAUAA